AUGGCCCUACUUCUGCCUGUCUACAGCACUUGCGGCCGCAAUCCUCUCCCCCAUAAGUUCUUUGAUCCGUCUGGCCUGCACAGCCUGCCGGUCUUAUGCAACCUCCUCUUCACAGUGGGAUGUGCCACCUUCUUUGUGCACGCCUUCUUCGACAAGGCACGACGGUGCAACCGUGAGCACCGUGACCGUUUGGCACCUGCAGGUGCAAGAUGUGCGAGCCUACGAUACGCCUGCCUCCAGUAUCUUGGCUUCUUCUCUUGCCUUGUUGCACUGGCUGGACAUAGGACUGCCGCCCGACAGUCCGCUGCACUGAUGCCCUGGUUUGAGAUGCAAAUUUGGUCAGGGUACAUCUCGAUUCUUGUGGUCCUGAUGUGUGCCCUCCUUCACCUGCUUCUCCGCCCCGCCCUUGGGAAGCGUGCUCUUUGUUCCGGCCUCCUUGGGACCUCUUUCUCCUGGGUUCCGGUGCAGCUUGUCUUGGCCUUCGCUGUCUACUCGCCCGUUGCCCAGGCCCCGCUGUCCUCUGCAUACCAGAAGCGCAGGCUGGCCCAUCGGGCCUGUGGCCCAGCCUUGCUCUUUUCCACCUGGCAGGAACUGGUGUCGCAGAUCGGCACUUGUGCGGCUGACCCACCGAGGUACGGCAAAGGAUCUCCCUCCGAGGCUAGCCCAAACGUGCAUGCAGUCCCACCGCCGUGGACUGAAGAGAUCGCAACAGGUCAUAGGCAUGACAGUUGGUUGGGGGUUUACGUCUUCACGCCGUACUACCCCACAGUCACGGCUGCCAUCAAGUUUGAAGGCACGCCGACACUCAAACAAGCCAUCCAAGUUGUUAAGGAACAGGUGCCUGGUGCCCCCACCCAGCUCUUCGAUGAAGUAGCUCCUCUUAGGCCCCAACGGUUUCCCGAAUUCGGGUCAUUUGUUCGCUUCCCUAGCAUCAUUCACCAUGAAGGGCAACACGGCCAUGCGGCUAUCAUUCUCGAUCUCAGUAGAGUGGGAGGGCGCACCUUCUCAACUGUCCUGCCCAAGUGCAUUGAGCUAGAGGAGGUCAUUACCUUCAUCACCCCUCUCACAUGGUACAAUGACCAACCGUUGGCACUACAGGUAGGCAAGCACCAAAAGCUUUGGUCCGCUGGUGACCCCGUCCAUCUUCGGAAUGGAGACGUCAUUGUUGCUACCCAUGAUGCACCGGUCCAACUCCCGCAGACUGGCAUCGACGCCCUCUUUGAGGACGGGGCUGCGUGGGGCGCACUGCAACACAUGCCUGCAGUUGAGACCACUGAGAGCGUCUGUCUCCUUUUUGGGGAAGGGAAUCAUGGCCGACGCUAUUGCAUUCCUCCCCACCAUCAUUACAAUGAGACCUUUGUUCAAGCAGCUGCGCGCUGCCUGGGCCGACAGCCUCAUGCGUUGUCCAUGUGCGCAUUCCCGGUUAUGGACCUGGACCUCCAUGGGGACCGGUGUGCCCACAUUGUCACUGCGAUUGACCAGCCGAGUCCUCAACAAGAUGGCACACCACAUAGCGGGCGCAGGGAUAUCUUUGUCUUGUGUGAUCUGCGGCCCCUCGGCCAGCGGCCCAGGUUCGUUCACACUAGCUAUCCUGCCGUUCACUUGCCAAGCCUUGUCUCCACCUUUGGUCUUGAAACGCCUCCCAUCUAUAAAAUUGAUGUUAUAGGCGGGGUUCGAGAUCGGGAUGACAUUCGAUUAGACGGCAGUACCGCUCUUUUAUUUUAUGCUCGUUUGCGAGGCAGUGAGGAUGGCCUAUCUUCUAGCACGAGCGACUCCUCCUCCAGUGAGGAGGAUUCCCCUGAGGAACCAGAGCCCAUACGGGCCAGGGAUCCCUAUCCCCCAGGGAACGCCGAGAUCCCAGGUGGUCACCACGCGGACCCCCGGCAGUGGCCCCAAGAUUACGAAGAUCUUGUUUCCCAACUUGAUGGGCCAGUCACCGACAACCCGGCAAGCAGCUCCGCUCCUGAUGUCGACAUGCCGCCGGCACUUGUCCUCACAGGCACCGAUACCGGAACGCCAAGUUGGCAUGGUUCCGCGCACACCCAACAGCCUGACACCCGAGCCUCCGGUGCAGUCCCUGGGACACCCCACCAGCAACCUGCUCCCUCGCGCUCCAGUGCUGUCGAUAUUGCUAGCCCCGCCCCGUCACACACAGUUGACCAGGCAGACGAGGCAUGGAUGCAGAUUCUUGCUCUGAUUUAUGUUCCGUCAUACGUGCCUGAACUUGUCAUGGUGCCCCUGCGCUUGCCUUGUGGAGUUGAUCAUGCGGUUCAAGAGGUCCACUCCGCCAGAGCGGACUCCCAUGCACAGCAUUUUCCCAGACUCUAUGUGGCACAACCACAGCUCUCCCCAGCCUUUGCUGUCUUCACUGCGGGACCUGAAUGGGACACUGAGCAAGCAAUUGUCCUCAUUGAUAAACGGCAGAUUGAUGGUGCUGUUUUCGCCAAGGCAGUCCACACACCCAUCUCCCGUGAAUCCCUUUUGCAUGCGGCAGGUUUUGCUGGUAACUCUGACCAUCAGGUCUUUACCCAUGGUUUGCUCCAAGCAUUGGCACGUGGUCAGCGGAUCCGGCUUUUCCCGGGAAUGGUAGUCAGUUUCGUUGCUGUCGGGGCUAAUGCACCUGCCACAUCAGAUUUCCCCACCAUGCUCCUCAGCCGUGACCAAUGGGACUUCAGGGCUCCACUGCCUGGCCCGCCCUACACUGUUGGCGGGCAUUUCAGUCUUCUCACUGAUGGUGGCAUGCAAGGCUUUCAGGUCGGCCCAGGUCGCAGAGCAUCUUUUAGGCAGGAUGUUGCAUCCCAGUUGCUGGCCCCUCCCGAAGCGCUCACCAUCAAACCCACAGCCCCUCGAGUGCGAGAUCACCUCUGUGAUGGGCACAUCUCCACCGAGGUCCUUGUUGUGACCGAGCAACUGUCAAGGCUUCCUUGCCCCCCGGCCAGGCAGCGAGAGGAUCGUGUCAUUCUCGUUCUCGAUUGUCGGAGGAUUCUUCGCGGCUUUCAAUGGCAGGUGUGCCCGGAAGGCCGCGUUUCAAUCCCUGCACUCGUUGACCGUUUUCUAGCCGCUUGCCCUGACGGCUAUUCGGUUUCUAUCACCGGCGCCACGGUCCACACCCGGGAUGACGUCCCGUUCUUUCUCUUUGACAGCGGCUGCCUCCUGACUGUGGAUUUUGUCGAGAACCUCCUUUCCGAUGAGGUCGGACCCGAGUCUCAUGGGCCUCCUGGCGGACCACCCCGAGAUCAGGGCCAUCCGGCAGACAGGGACCCCUCCGGUGAUGACCAAGCAUCUACUGUCCCACGGGACCGCAGUCGGGCCGGGACCAGUGAAACUGGUGCUGGUGCCACAGCUCCACAGCCGCCCUCUGCAGAGAGACCUCAUGGGCCAGAUGCCCCCAAUGCUAGUGAUGGGACCGACCUGGGGAGCAACACAUUUGCUCCUGUCGCCGAAAGCAAGACAGUAUGCUACAGGGGACCACGAGCCCCCCUGGAAUCCGGAUCCCGCCAACCAAGGCGCCUCAGCCGCUCACACUGGACAUGA